CAGUACUUUAUAGUGUGUUAUGUUGUGUGCAAACAAAGCAUUGCACAAUACAGUCAACAAUACAGUCAAUAGAGUUAUACAUACAGUAUAUACACUCAUACUGUCAUCAAUUGCAACACAAUUAUUUCAGUUAUGGCGCCCAUCACUAAACUACCGAAGAAGUUGCGCACCGAUGACGACAGUCUUAAAGCCGAAGAGCUGUCGUCGUCAUCGAUGUCUGGAUCCGACUCUAACAUGGGUUCCGAUAACAAACAGUUCGCACGAGUGAAUCGAGUGGUUUUGGACAAGAAUUCUGACGAAUACAAGAAGAGACGCGAACGCAAUAAUCUGGCCGUCAAGAAGUCGAGGAAUAAAUCUAAAGUCAGGACUCAACAGACACUCGAAAGAGUCAAUCAAUUGAAAGCCGAAAACGAAAUGCUUGAAACCAAAAUCAAAAUCCUGACCAAAGAACUUAACUUUCUUAAAGACCUAUUCCUGGCCCACGCGGGGACUUCACAUAACGGACAGAUACCAGACCUCGACAUGUCGUUUCUCCAGACGACGACCAACGGUCUCAACGAUGCUAUUCAAGCGCAUGAAGUGCCCGACGAAAGCAAAAUGCACGUCACAUCUCAUAUCGACGCCGACGACGAAAGUGACACCAAUUAAAACACUUGUUUUGUCAGACAUUAUAAGUUAAGACACAGUCAUUGUAUUAUUUGGAUACCAAUUGACAUUAAUUGAUAACAGAUUUAGACAAUAAUUUAAUAUUAUUAUUAUAGACCAAAUGAAACUACUUUUUGUAGUUUUUUUUGCUUUUCAAAUGAUUUUAUUUAUUUCUAAUUGAAAUCUUAAUUAUUUUCUAUAAUAUUUUUUUUGUAAAGUUUGCUAUCAUUGAAUUCAAUUGACUAUCGAUUCAAGUGUUAAAAUGAGUUUUAUAUUUAAUCAUAAUUUAAAAUUGAUUUUUGAUACCAAUUUUGUUCACUUCCGAUGUGUUAUUAUU